UUUGAUAGUUGAGACUGAUUUAUAUAAUAAGUCAUUGAUGUUCGGUUCGCUUUGAGAUGGACUUUGGACCACUGAGUUGCUUGUCUUUUAAGCAUUAGUUUCCACUACAACAAUUCAUUCAAAGAGCAAUUUCAUAAUUGAACUUGAAGAUAAAUUUUGCAUUUUUGAACUUGAAUUAUUAUUUCUGAGAUUUCGAAGUCAAAUGACAUACAUCAACAACAGGGAUUUCCUUGCAUGAUUUGUAUCAAGCUCACUUAGCGGGAAGGAUGAUCGAGCGGCCUGUUUAGUAAACAGCAGUUUAUUUCACCACCUGUAGGCGAGGAAUGGCUGAAGCGAGAAGCGCAGUUUUAAAACCAAGGGUUCAUGACAUAGAAGAGGGGAGAGACACGACAAGGGAUUUUUUGGUUGCAUUUCGCAGAUCAACUGUUCGAAGUUUUUAUCGAAUUAGAAACCAAAUAAAGAAUGGCCUGUGGCCAACCUCAUUGUGGAACCUUGGUGGAUCCGUAGCUGUUCUUUCGACAGGUCUUAUUUAUGAGCCUGAAUUCCUGAAGCCAGUCACAAGCUUGUUGUGGAGAUUUGGGGGUUUGCUAGGUCUUCAUGAAGAUGUUCCUUACUACCUGCGAGUGUUUUUGAUAUCUGGUAUUGCUGGGACUGGAUUCUUCUUUGUCCUCCUACAUGUGCGGAGAUACACUCUAAGAGCACUGUUGGCCUACAGAGGAUGGAUGUACCAACCUCCAAGAACCCAGUCCUACUCCACUAUAAUCUGGGCUGUGAUUGUGCGCCUGGUCAGUGGCAGGCACCCAUCUCUAUACAGCUGCCAGAGGAGUUUACCCAGAAUGCCAGUGCCUCCACUGAAGAAGUCCCUCAAGGAUCUGAUUGCAUCGCUGAAACCAUUGUACGGGGAGCAUUCUGAGGAGAUCCAGAAGCUGAAGGAGCAGUCAAAGGAGUUUGAGAAAGGCAUCGGUAAGAAACUUCAGCACACUCUGAUUCUUAAGUCCUGGUGGGCAGACAACUGGGUCACUGACUGGUGGAAUAAGUAUGUGUACCUCAGUGGCAGAAGCUCCUUGUCUAUCAACAGCAAUUACUACAUAUUGGACCAAAGCUACUGGUGCCCUACAGACAAACAGUCAGCAAGGGCUGCAGUGGCUGCAUUUCACUUUGCAGACUUGAAGCAGAAAAUUGACCGUGAACAGGUGGAGCCACUUGUCAUUCGUGGUACAAUUCCACUCUGCAUGGCGCAGUAUGGGAAAGCCUGCUCUACUGUCAGGGUCCCUGGUGAAGAUUGUGAUGAGCUGAUUACUCACAAAUCCUCCAAGCACAUAGUAGUCAUGAGAAAGGGUCUUUUCUACCAAGUGGAUAUGUAUGAUGCAAAUAGACGUAUGCUGAAUGUCCAGACUCUGGAGAAGAAAAUGCAAUGGAUAAUGGAUGAUGCUGACAAACAUGAAGGUGCCCUUCCUGAUGUAGAGAAGAACGUAGCUGCAUUGACUGGUUUGGAGAGAACAGAUUGGGCCAAACUGCGUCAGAAACAUUUCUCCUCUGGAAUCAACAAGGAGUCCAUUGAGGCUGUAGACAGAGCAAUGUUUUUGGUUGUUCUUGAACAUCGAUCCUAUGAGCCAACUGACUUCACAUCAAGGUCCAAAUUUCUCCUCCAUGGUGAUGGGAAGACACUCUGGUUUGAUAAAAGCAUCACCAUGGUGAUCUUCAGUAAUGCUAAGUUGGGGUUAAACUGUGAACACUCCUGGGGCGAUGCUCCAGUGAUGGGUCAUUUCACAGAAUACUUGACAACCAGUGAAGGUCUGAAUAGAGAUCAAUUCUAUGAUGAUGAUGGUCACUGUAGGGUGUGGCCGCACCAUCUCUGGCCAGAGGCAGCCUCUAAGGAACCAGUCAGGCUGCUGUGGGAAGUGGAGCCAGACCUAGGGGUCAACAUUGACAGGGCUAUCUCCUUUAACCAAAAGAACAAUGAAGACCUGGAUCUGUGUGUAAGAGAUCAUCAAGCAUUUGGAAAAGGGGCGAUCAAAAAAUUCAAGGUCAGUCCAGAUGCCUUUGUACAGCUGGCCAUUCAGCUUGCCUACUAUAGGGACAGCAAUGGUCAGUGUGCACUGACCUAUGAGUCUUCUAUGACCAGGCUUUAUCUUGAAGGCAGGACUGAGACCGUUAGGUCCCUGACUAAAGAGACUGUGGCCUUUGUCAAAGCCAUGUCCCAGAAUAACGUGACUAAUGAGGAAAAGAUAUCUCUGUUGCGAGUAGCUUGUGACAGACACCAGCAGAUGUAUAGAGAUGCUAUGAAUGGCAAGGGGUGUGACAGGCACCUGUUUGCCCUGUAUGUGCUGUGUAAAGGGUUGGGAUAUGAAAGUGAAUUUUUGAAGAGUGUUCUCACAGAACCUUGGACCUUAUCUACUAGUCAGCAGCCCCAACAACAAAUAGCCACCUCCCCAGAUGCCAACCAUGAGCCUUAUCUCUCCAUGUUGUCCCCAGGGGGUGGCUUUGGUCCUGUGUCAGAUGAAGGCUAUGGUGUGUCCUACAUGAUACCAGCAGAAUCGAAGAUGUUUUUCCACAUUUCUGCAAAGAAAUCUUGCCCAAAGACAGAUGCUAAAAGGUUCACAGGUAUUCUCUUUGAGGCGCUGGCUGAUAUGGGGAAGCUGAUUGAGAAGCAUAUCUAAUUUUUUUUUCAAGAGGACAGAAUUAAACAAAGUGAUAUUUUUAUUCAAAUUUUAUUUGAACCCGACUGUAACGUAUAAUUAUGAUUUUCUUGCCUACACAGUAUUGCAACAUAGCAUAAUUAAAAAAAGCAGUAUAUGUGUGUUCAAGUCACCAAGUUUUAGUGGCAUCAAAAUAAUAUUAAUAAUUAUGAAAUGUUAUACAGUGAACAACACUUAAAAAGAUAAAAGCCAGCUGUGAUA